GUAGAUGUGUGUGUAACAAAGUGGUCUUCAGGACUGAAAUGGGGGUUCAGAGUGUGUGAGAUUCUGCUGUAGCUCUCUCAACUAACCCUCUUUGAUCAUCCUAAUAAAGGAAUGAAAAUGGACUUUCUCCCUGAAGACUAAGAGCCAAAAAAGUAGAAACGUUGUGAUGGAGCACCAGAACUCUAAGAGAGGAGGAGGAACCUCUAACCCAAAGGCAAUGCGUGCAGGAUCUCCAGCACCUAGCUGUGUGUCAACAAAGAGUGAUGAUUCUAUGGACAGUCCUCCUGUUUUCAGCAGUGGACCUGUGCCCUUUACCCAAAAGCAGCACUCCACAGAAACAGCACUACAGAUAAAGACCCUGGAAACUGGACACCUGCAGCAGAAUUCUUUCCAAACAGUGGAUGACUUCCUCCAUACAGUCUUAGCGAGGCACAAAACCAGCAUGAAGAACAAGUAUGAGACCUUAUUUGAGGGAAUCAAAACACAAGAGAAUAAAACCCUUCUGAAUAGGGUUUACACACAGCUCUACAUCAUAGAGGGAGAGAGUGAAGGAGUGAAUGAGGAACAUGAGGUUUUACAGAUGGACAAAACCCCCAAAAAACACUUACAGGACAUUCCAAUCAACUGCUCAGAAAUUUUUAAACCUCUACAUGGACCUGAAAGCGAAAUGAAUAUUAGUGCUGUGAUGGCUAAAAAUCUCAGCCUCAAUGGAGAAGAUGAUGGGCAAAAUGUGCAAAAGCUCAGAACAGUUCUGACUAAAGGCAUUGCUGGAAUUGGAAAAACAGUCUCCGUGCAGAAGUUCAUUCUGGACUGGGCUGAAGAAAAAAACAAUCAGGAUGUAGAUUUCAUGUUUGUGCUUCCGUUUCGGGAGCUGAACCUGAUUAGAGAUGAUCAAUACAGUCUUCAUGGACUUCUGUGUGGUUUCCAUCCUGAGCUCAAAGAUCUGCACCCAAAGAUUUUUGAUCAGCUCAAAGCUGUGUUUAUAUUUGAUGGUCUGGAUGAAAGCAGAAUUCCACUAAACUUUGAACAGUGUGAGAAAAUAUCUGACAUCACCAUGACAUCAUCAGUGGGUGUGUUGAUGACAAAUCUCAUCAAAGGAGAGCUGCUUCUAUCUGCUCUGAUCUGGAUAACCUCCCGACCAGCAGCAGCCAAUCAGAUUCCUCCUAAAUACAUCAACCGUGUGACAGAAAUUCAGGGAUUCAAUGACCCACAGAAGGAGGAGUACUUCAGGAAGAGAAUCGGCAAUGAAGACCAAGCCAAGAAAGUCAUCUCACACAUUAAGACAGCAAGGAGCCUCCACAUCAUGUGCCACAUUCCAGUCUUCUGCUGGAUCUCAGCCACUGUUCUUCAGCAAAUCAUGAAACAACGUAAAACAGAAAUCCCUAAAACUCUGACUGAAAUGUACUCACACUUCCUGCUCACUCAGACAAACAUGAAGAAUGAGAAGUAUGCAGAGGAAGAUGAGAGAGACCCAAAGAACCUGCUGGAGUCCAACAGAACCAUGAUACUGAAACUGGCUGAACUGGCUUUCAAACAGCUGAUGAAGGGCAACGUGAUGUUCUAUGAAGAGGACCUGAGAGAGAGCGGCAUUGAUGUCACUGAGGCCUCAGUGUAUUCUGGGAUUUUCACUGAGAUCUUUAGGGAGGAAUGUGUGCUUUAUCAGAGGAAGGUCUACUGCUUUGUUCAUUUGAGCUUUCAGGAGUUCCUGGCUGCUGUUUAUGUGUUUCACUGCUAUGAGAGCAAGAUCAUGGAGCCACUGCAGUUUUUCCUGCAUGAUAAUCAGCAUAAUCACAGAAGCCACUCCAAGACACAUAAGCAUAGGAGUCAGCCUGAGAAUGUUCCACUUGAUGAGUUGCUAAAGGAAGCAGUUGAUAAAUCCUUAAAGAGCCUGAAUGGACACCUGGAUCUUUUCCUCCGUUUCCUGCUGGGCAUCUCACUCAAGUCCAACCAAAGACUCCUACGGGGCCUACUUACACACACAUACAGCUGCCCAAAGAAAACAAUGCAGUACAUCAAGGAGCUAAUAAAAAGAAAUGAAGAUAAACAAUAUAAAAUCUCAACUGACAGAUCCAUUAAUCUUUUUCUCUGUCUGUCUGAAAUGAAUGAUCAGUCUCUCUCCAAAGAGGUUCGGGAGUAUCUAAAAUCUGAGAAGCACUCAGAAAAGAAGAUUUCUCCUGGACAGUGUUCAGUAUUAGCCUGCAUGCUUCUGAUCUCAGAUGAGGUGAUAGAUGAGCUGGACUUGAAGAAGUACAACACAUCAGAGGAGGGUUACAGGAGACUGAGCCCAGCUUUGACUGUCUGCAGAAAAGCUCUACUAGCUGGCUGUAAUCUCACCAUAAACUCAUGUGAAACUCUGUGCUCUGCUCUACAAUCAGCAAACUCUUCCCUAAAAGAGUUGGACCUCAGUAACAAUGAUCUGCAGGAUUCAGGAGUGGUGCUGCUCUGUGCUGGACUGAAGAGUUUGCACUGUAAACUGGAGAUACUCCGAUUGUCUGGUUGUAUGGUUACAGAUGAAGGCUGCUGCUCUCUGGCUUCAGCUCUGAAAUCAAACUCCUCCCACCUGAGAGAACUGGAUUUGACAUAUAAUGACCCAGGAGAGUCUGGAGUGACACUGCUGUCUGAUCUACUGGAGGAUCCUCACUGCGCACUGGACACACUGAAGGUGGAAUACGGAGGGAAGAUCAGGAUCAACCCAGGACUAAAGAAAUUUGCCUGUGAGCUCACUCUGGACCCAAACACAAUAAACAGUAAACUCACUCUGUCUGAGGCAAACAGAAAGGUGGAAUGGGUGAAUACAUUGAAGAAAUGGCCAUAUCUGGAUCAUGCAGAAACAUUUGAUUAUUAUAAUCAGGUUCUGAGUGUGGAGAGUCUGACAGGACGCUGUUACUGGGAGGCUGAGUGGAGUGGGAUCAGGGCUGGUAUAGCCGUCUCAUACAGAGGAAUCAACAGGAAAGGAGACAGUGAGGACUGUAUGUUUGGAUACACUAAUCAGUCCUGGAGUCUGUACUGCUAUAAAGAUGGGUACUCUGUCUGGCACAAUUAUAAAAGAAUUGUUGUACCUGUCCCCCGUUCCCGGUCCCGAUCCCGCAGAGUAGGAGUGUAUCUGGACUGGGUGGCUGGCACUCUGUCCUUCUACACCAUCUCCCCUGACACACACACACUGACACACCUACACACAUUCAACACCACAUUCACUGAACCACUCUACGCCGGGUUUUGGGUUUGUGAUCACUCCUCAGUGCAUCUGUGUGUGACACAGAAUAGAUUCUAAAUCCUGGUGGAACAUUUAAGCCUACACAGUGGACAUUUUCUAUUGAAAAAAAGA